AUGAAAACAUUUAAAGACAACGUGAAGUCGUCAAUUAAAUUAAAAGCACUCAUUCGGGUUGUUAAGAACUGCAAAACAGCAGAAGAGGAGAGAAAGGUGAUUACACGGGAAUGCGCUGACAUUCGAAUGACUAUGCCCGACCAGAAAUUUAAGAAUCGGAAUGUCAUGAAACUGAUCUAUUUGGACCUUUUGGGAUAUAACACACAAUUUGCACAAAUCGAGUGCUUAGCACUGAUAUCGUCCGAUGUGUUCCAAACGAAAAGAAUUGGAUAUUUGGCAUUGGGACUUCUCUUGGAUGAGACUCAAGAAACUUUGACUCUUGUGAUCAAUCACCUCCAGAAAGACCUUCAAAGCGAUAACUCUAAUAUCGUGGAAUUGGCACUGACAACCAUCGCUAACAUUGGAAGUGAAGAAGUCUGCCAAGUAGUUUCUCCGUACGUCGUCAAAACAUUUAACUCGAAAGACAGAAACACUUUAAAGAAGUCUGUUGCCGCUGCUUUACGAAUUGUUCGAAAGUGUCCUGAUUUGGGGGAACAAUACAUCAACCCCGUGUUAAAUAUGCUGAAAUAUACAGAUGGCGAGUUCAUGUUGGGAGCAACGUGUUUAGCUGAGGAAAUUGUGAAAACUCCGAAUAACAAAAUUUCCCUUAUUAAUGUUAUUCCAACAUUGGUCACCAUUUUACAUAAAAAUUUCAAAGGAACUUUUACGGAUGUUGGAAGUCAGGGGUUUGUGUGUUGCAAUUUGAUCAAACUUUUGGAGAAGUUGGUCGUCGAGAAACACAUUUUGGGGUUUGAGGAGAUCAUUGGAGAAAUAUUUGUGAGUAUUCCCCAUAGCGCAAUUGGCAUUGCUGUUGGUCUCACUGCGACAAAAAGCGUGUUCAAGAUACAAUGUGAUGAAAUUUUGAAAGAAAUGGCGAUAAAUUAUUUGAAAAGAAUGGUGUGUUCUGAUGAGAGCAAUUCGAGGUAUUGUUCAUUGCGACAAAUUGAAGAAAUCAUUGAUGAGCACAAAGAUAAAUUGGGUGACAUGUUACCUCGUCUCUUGUUGUUGUUACAAGACGAAGACACCAACAUUCAAAAAUUGUGUUUGAGAAUAGUGACGAAAUUGGCUACACCAGAGAACGUCAAAGAAAUUGUUCAAAGUUUGAUUUUGUCAUUAGGUGAAGACGAGGGGUACACAAAAGAAGCUUCAAAGAAAGUGAGCGAGUUGAUAGAAAUUGUGAGUGCAGAUGAGAUGUGGAAAUUCGAUUGUUUAUUGGACAGCGCAAUGCAAUGUGGAGAGUUUUUGGAUGAUAGUAUUACGGAGAAAAUGAUCAGUUUGGUGCAGGCGUCAAAUAUUCAAACCUUUGCGACAACAAAAUUAUUUGCAAUUAUUCAAAAGUCGCCCGGUGCGGUAAAACGGGCGACCAUUUGGUGUGCUGGCGAAUAUUUUGAUCUUCUCAAAGAGGUCAUACCAGAAGUUAAAAUCAUAGAAGAGAUCAUGAAAAGUGAAUGCGAUGAAAUGACUGUAAUUGUUGCGUUACUAAAAAUAGCAUCACGACAUUCCGAGCUUGUCAGAAACUGUGUCAAAAAUUACGUGUGGAAAUACAAAGGUGGUCAUUCGAUAUUAGUCAAUCAACUCUGUUCCGAACUUGAAAAUAUUUGUAGUGGAAAUGUUACUGAAAGUUGGGGUAGAAUGCCAGUGCUGAAACCAAGAGAAAAAUAUGUCGAGAAAAAGGUUUUAAUUUCGUUAAAAGAUGAAAAAGAAACAAAAAACAGUGAUAUUUUGAAUUUAGAGAAAACACAUCCCAUUGCGACAAAAACUGUAAAAUUCCAAAAUGAAAAUGACGUUGCGAUAAAAGUUGAUGAAACUAAAAAUGUGCCAAAAAGUGAAGAUAUUUUAGAGAUAUUUAACAUGGCGAAAAACACGCAAAAUUUGAGGAAAAGCACUGGGUCAAAGUACGACAUUUUAAGUUUGUUGGACGACAAGGACAUUCAAAAAUCACAUAGUGAAGCAAUGACUCCUGUUUUCGAUUUAGUUGGAGAUACUCAAAAAGUCAAAGAGCCACCCAAUCUUUCAACAGAACAAACUAUACCAAUAGUACAAGAAACAAAAAAUGAAACUAUACUUCCUGAACCACAAAACGAAACGACUCAACCAGAAACGAAAUCUGAAGAAGAUGAUUUUGAGUUUACUGAUUACGUUGCGCCCGUAGUGAAAGAAAGACGUGUUGAGGUAUUCUCAAACGAAAAUGUCGGAAUGGCGUUUAGUAUAAAACGAAGUGGGAAUGGGUAUCAAGUUGUUGCACUCUUUUCUAACAAAACAAAUGAAAAUAUUUUGAAUUUACAAAUGAGAGUUGCCGCUCCACGAGGUAUUUCUAUUGAUAUUCAACCACCAGAUGAAGAAAUUUUAAAAGCAAAUACUACAGAUGGAUUUACUCAAGUGUUCACAACAAAUGGAAGUGUCAACGGAAAUGUUCCUGUGAAGGCAAAAGUCGAAUACUCGUUCGGAGGAAAGGUCGUCACGUUCCAAACAACACCAGUCAUUCUUAACGAGUAA